CCGUCCCCGCACCUCGGAGCCCAUGUGCCGUUCGUGUUUCGUCUCCGCCUUCGAGCUGGAAGCCCACCGAGCCAUUUUGGCAGACGACCGCCCACCCAAAGCGGGUGAAAUCUGGGCCGUGGCCACGUCGGGAGGCAAAGAUUCGGCAGUUCUGGCUCACCUGCUGGCCCGGCUGGAGAAAAAAUACCGCUACGGUUUAAAGCUGGUGCUGCUUUCGGUGGACGAAGGCAUCUCCGGGUACAGGGACGCGUCUUUAGGGGCGGUCCGGAGGGCCAGGGGGGAUUUGCCCCUCUUGGUGGUGGGAUUCAAGGAGCUGUUCGGCUGGAGCAUGGAUCGGGUGGCCAGAGAGUUGGGGGGAUCCAACCACUGCACUUUUUGCGGGGUGCUGAGGAGGCAGGCGUUGGAGAGGGGAGCCCGGCUG